AUGGAGGUCUCCACCUCCAGUCUCUCCGGGCUGCGACUGUCGGACGCAGAGACACGCAAGGAGUUGGUGCAGCGCUGCUGCCUGGGGCUGUUCCUCACGAACUGGGCUGCCCAGGGCAUGCCCAUCAAGCGCUUGGAGACAAUGACGGCGGCCCUCGCAGUGGUGCGACGCGUCAAAGAGUUUGGCAGCCUCAACAAGCACACCGAGGCUGAGAGCAAGAUCACCGGUCUUCGCGGAGACAUGCGUCUCCCCGCUAUGAUAAGCUGCUUGUUUCAAUUUUCCACCUAUGACGCGGCCACACAGCUGGUGCACCACCAGAGCGAACAGCAAGUGGCAACCAUGGAUGCAAAGGAGAUCGCUCUGCUGUGCAUGAACAUGGAUUGGCCCAACAUGCUGAAUCUUGGUUCAGCGGGUUCUGUGAACAUCUUCAACCGCGGAGUCAGAAGCCUUCAGCUUUUGAAUUUAGAGCCAGGCAGUCGCAUGGAGUUCGGCGCUCUCGAUGGCUAUCCAGCAGAUCUUCAAGUUGUCAACAGUGGAUGGAUCCUCUGGCACCUUUGGGCCUUUGGGGGGUAG